CUUAAAUAUUACCGAACUCACAACCUCCAAAAAUUUUGUUCAAUAUGCAUUGACACCCGAAAAAAGCCUUACACUUCUUUUUUCAGCCUUUUAGGCUUUCAAAAUUUGAAGAAGUUACUAGUUGGGUAAAAAACAAGUACUUACUUGAAAAGCAUCCAUGGGAAAUCAAUUCCGAGAAAAUGUGUUCUACUAUUCUAGUCUCUAGAUUCUAGAAACAGAGAACGUCGUUAUUUGUUAGGCCGGAGAUAACGCCAACCAAUCUAAUAGAAGAUUAUUUAAAAAGACAUCACGACAGUUUGGCCGAGUGGUCUAAGGCGCCAGAUUUAGGCUCUGGUCCGAAAGGGCGUGGGUUCAAAUCCCACAGCUGUCAUUAUUGUUAUCUUUCUUCAUUCCCACUAGUAAAGUAGCAGUGGAGCCAGUGACUUUUUUCUGUGACGAUGCGUUAUCUUUUCCAAGUUUCAAUUUCAGCCACAGAAGGCAUGACUAUAACUAACUGUAGUAAAUAGCACUCUAGCAGGUAGUGCCACUUUCUCGGCUGCUGGAAUUUGUGGGAACGUGGCGAUGGCUUUCUCAAACUUAACUCCAACAGCUUGCAUCACUUGUCUCAAUGCUUCCAAUCAAUUCUGUCUCCCAUCAUCUUCACCUUUCAAGUCUCUCAAGUUCCCUCUCUUCUGGCCCUGGGAAAAAGUGAAAACGGGUCCUUUGACUGUGUCUCCUAUGGGGUUUGGGACGUGGGCAUGGGGCAACCAGCUUCUCUGGGGUUACCAGCAAUCAAUGGAUUCCCAACUUCAACAAGUUUUCAAUCUUGCCGUGGAGAAUGGAAUCAAUCUUUUCGAUACCGCGGAUUCUUAUGGGACGGGAAGACUCAAUGGACAGAGUGAAAAGCUUCUGGGAAAGUUCAUUAGAGAAUUUCGAGUGGCUGAUAAAUCCAGGACUCUUCUUUCAUCAUCCCAAUAUUACAAUAGAGAUUGUUCAUUGCAUACCAUUUUUGUAAUCUCAGGGAAAAAGCGGAUAAAAGAUGAGAUUGUGAUUGCUACAAAGUUUGCAGCAUAUCCCUGGCGUCUAACAGCAGGGCAAUUUGUUGAAGCUUGCAGGGCCUCUCGGGACCGAAUGCAGAUUGAGCAAAUUGGAAUAGGACAGUUACAUUGGUCUACUGCAAACUACGCUCCCCCACAAGAGUUCGCUCUUUGGGGUGGUUUAGUGGCAAUAUAUGAGAAGGGCUUAGUUAAAGCUGUUGGAGUUAGCAAUUAUGGACCCAAACAGCUCGUAAAGAUUUAUGAUUACCUUAAAGCCAGAGGAGUCCCACUAAGUUCGGCUCAGGUACAAUUUUCUCUGAUAAGCAUGGGAGAAGAUCAGAUGGAGAUUAAAAAUAUUUGUGACUCUCUUGGUAUCCGCUUGAUUUCUUAUAGUCCUCUAGGACUUGGAAUGCUUACUGGGAAAUAUACGCCUUCCAGACUUCCACGUGGGCCAAGGGGCCUGCUGUUUAAGCAAAUUCUUCCAGGACUGGAACCCUUGCUGGUUUCGUUGAGAGAAAUCGCGGAAAAACGGAGCAAAACCAUACCUCAGGUUGCAAUAAACUGGUGCCUCUGUAAAGGUACCAUUCCAAUACCUGGAGUUAAAACAGUGAAACAAGCAGAGGAAAAUCUGGGUGCUCUCGGUUGGCACCUAAGUUCAAAUGAGUUGCUUCAGUUAGAUUAUGCAGCUCAGGAGUCGCCACGGAGGAUGAUCCAAAACAUUUUCCAGACAAAGUAAACAGUCUAGAAAUACAGCGACCAAAUGAAUACCAUGGAGUAAGAUAUUGCUAAUACUCGAGUGUCUGAAUUCUCACCCGAUUAUCAGAUGAAAUUUUGACAAAUUGCAAAAGCACCCUUGAUGAGACGGAACAAUUAUGGGGCACAAACCAAAGAAAUUGGGGGUUUGUGGGAACGAAAUACAUCAAAUAAGAGAGCCAGCGUUGCAUUCACAUCCUACUUCAGCUUGACUGAUAAAUAAGAGGAGGAAAUGCAUAUGGAGCCAUAUUUGUGGACAAUUUUAAGGCCGAAAUGCAGGAAAUGCAUGUACCACCGUACAAGUAAAAAUAGUUGUCUAUGAAGCACAACAGCCUUCCUAGAGUUGCUAACGUCGUUCUUCAGCAAAUUUUUCCGAAGUGGGAAAAAAUAAAAGGAAAAAUUUUCUUUCCAGUUUUUCAGCCUGUGCUAGUAUUAAAUUCUCCAUAACACGAAAAUUAUAGGCAGAAUGCCCACAAG